AAACCUCAGCAGCAGCAGCCCUAAACAUUUCAGGGUAUCAUGGCGACGAGUGCCACGGCUUCCCCUUGAGCCUCUGCAGCGACACAGAAAUUUCUUUCCUCUGCUACAUCAAAAGCACGCAGCGAGUCUGAUGCGGCGCGGAGACCUGCCGGAGUUUUAGCCCAGACUGGAGAAAGGACAUAGCGAGAGACCGUCAUGGCAGCGUCGGAGCUGUACACAAAGCGUGCUCGGGUGUGGAUUCCCGAUGCAAAGGAGGUGUGGAAGUCUGCUGAGCUGAACAAGGACUACAAAAAUGGCGACACCUCUCUGCAGCUCAUGUUGGAGGAUGGAACGAACAUUGAGCACAAACUUGACCCCAAGACGAAGAACCUGCCUCACCUGCGAAACCCCGACAUCUUGGUGGGCGAAAAUGACCUCACAGCACUCAGCUACCUCCACGAGCCGGCCGUGCUGCACAACCUCAAAGUCCGCUUCAUGGACUCCAAGCUUAUCUACACUUACUGCGGAAUCGUUCUUGUGGCCAUCAACCCGUAUGAGACUCUGCCAAUCUACGGAGCAGACAUCAUCAAUGCCUACAGCGGUCAGAACAUGGGAGACAUGGACCCACAUAUCUUCGCCGUGGCAGAGGAGGCGUACAAGCAGAUGGCCAGGGAUGAGAGGAACCAGUCGAUCAUUGUGAGCGGGGAGUCCGGAGCGGGAAAGACGGUGUCAGCCAAAUACGCCAUGAGGUACUUUGCCACGGUCAGCGGCUCCGCCAGCGAGGCUAAUGUAGAGGAGAAAGUCUUGGCUUCCAACCCCAUCAUGGAGGCCAUUGGAAAUGCAAAGACCACCCGAAAUGACAACAGCAGUCGCUUUGGGAAGUACAUUGAGAUCGGCUUCGACAACCGCUUCCGUAUCAUCGGCGCCAACAUGAGAACAUAUCUGCUGGAGAAAUCGCGAGUGGUUUUUCAGGCGGAUGAGGAGAGGAAUUAUCAUAUCUUUUAUCAGCUGUGCGCAUCAUCCCAUCUGCCUGAGUUCAAGACUCUGAAGCUGAGCAGUGCAAACGACUUCUUGUACACCAGACAGGGCCGCAGCCCUGUUAUCGAAGGCGUGGACGACACCAAGGAGCUUUGCAACACGCGCGAUGCCUUCACUCUGCUCGGGAUUAAUGAGUCCUACCAGAUGGGGUUGUUCCAGGUUUUGGCUGCUAUUCUUCAUCUGGGAAAUGUGGAGAUAAAGGACAGAGACUCAGACAGCAGCGUCAUUCCUGCCAACAAUCGCCACCUGACUGCGUUCUGCGAGUUGGUUGGUGUGUCCUACCAAGACAUGUCUCAGUGGCUGUGCCACAGGAAGCUGAAGACUGCCACGGAGACGUAUAUCAAGACCCUCCCCCGCCUGCAGGCCACCAACGCCCGUGAUGCGCUGUCCAAACAUAUCUACGCCAAGCUCUUCAACUGGAUUGUGGAGCAUGUUAACAAAGCACUAAUCACCAGUAUCAAAAAGCACUCUUUCAUCGGGGUCCUCGACAUCUACGGGUUUGAGACAUUUGAGAUCAACAGCUUUGAGCAGUUCUGUAUCAACUACGCUAAUGAGAAACUUCAACAACAGUUCAACAUGCACGUGUUCAAGCUGGAGCAGGAGGAGUACAUGAGGGAGGAGAUCCCAUGGACUCUGAUUGACUUCUACGACAAUCAACCCUGCAUCAACCUCAUAGAGGCCAAGAUGGGCAUCCUGGACCUGUUGGACGAGGAGUGCAAGAUGCCUAAAGGUUCGGAUGACUCGUGGGCUCAGAAACUCUACAACACUCACCUAAAGACCUGCACCCUGUUCGAGAAGCCACGCAUGUCCAACCGCGCCUUUAUCAUCCAACAUUUUGCUGACAAGGUGGAAUACCAGUGUGAGGGCUUCCUGGAGAAGAACAAAGACACAGUGAAUGAAGAACAGAUCAAUGUGCUGAAGGCCAGCAAGUUUGACCUGCUGGUGGAGCUGUUCCAGGAUGAGGAGAAAGCUACCAGCCCCACUGGUCAGCCCCCUGGCACCGGAGGCCGGACCCGCCUCAGCGUCAAACCUGACAAGAGCCGAGACAAGAGCAGCAAGGAGCACAAGAAGACAGUCGGCUGCCAGUUUCGUAACUCUCUGCAAAUGCUGAUGGAAACUUUGAACGCAACCACUCCGCACUACGUACGCUGCAUCAAACCCAAUGACUUCAAGACGGCCUUCUCGUUUGAUCCCAAACGUGCGGUGCAGCAGCUCAGAGCCUGUGGUGUCCUGGAAACCAUCCGCAUCUCUGCUGCAGGUUUCCCAUCCAGAUGGACCUACCAGGAGUUUUUCAGCCGUUAUAGAGUGUUGAUGAAACAGAAGGAUGUGUUACCUGACAAGAAGUUGACCUGCAGGAACGUCCUGGAGAAACUAGUGCAGGACCAGGAUAAAUACCAGUUUGGUAAGACCAAGAUCUUCUUCAGGGCCGGCCAGGUUGCCUACCUGGAGAAGUUGAGGGCUGACAAGUUGCGUGCUGCCUGCAUUCGUAUCCAGAAAACCAUCCGCUGCUGGCUGGUUCGUAAGAAGUAUCUGCGCAUGCGCAGCGCUGCCAUCACCAUCCAGAGGUUCACCAGAGGAUACCAGGCUCGCUGCCUGGCCAAGUUCAUGCGUCGCACUCAGGCGGCCACCAUCAUCCAGAAGUACCAGAGGAUGUACGUGGAGAGGAAACGCUACAGACAGAAGCAGGCAGCUGCUCUGGUCAUGCAGACGAUCCUCAGAGCUUACAUGGCCCGGCAGAAGUACCAGGCGUUACUGCGGGAGCACAAGGCGGUGAUCAUUCAGAAGCGCGUUCGUGGCUGGCUGGCUCGGUGCUGGUACAAGCGCUGCCUCGUCUCAAUCGUCUACCUGCAGUGCUGCAUCCGCAGGAUGAGGGCCAGGCGCGAGCUGAAGAAGCUGAAGAUCGAGGCUCGCUCAGUGGAGCACUUCAAGAAGCUCAACAAAGGCAUGGAGAACAAGAUCAUGCAGCUGCAGAGGAAAAUCGACGAGCAGACCAAGGACAAUCGGGCGAUCAACGAGAGGCUAGCUGGUCUGGAGAGUUCCUACACGGCAGAGAGCGAGCGGCUGCGUAGCGACCUGAGCCGGCUGCGCGGAGUGGAGGAGGAGGCCAAGAACAAAACCAACCAGGUGGCCUCGCUGCUGGAGGAGCUGGAGAGGCUGAGGAAGGAGUUGAGUACCACGCAGAAGGAGAAGAAGACCAUCGAGGACUGGGCGCAAACCUACAGGAACGAAAUGGAGAAAAUGGUCUCGGAGCUGAAGGAAGAGAAUGGUUCGCUGAAGCAAGACAAGGACAACUUGAACAGGUUGAUUCAGGAACAGAGUCAGCAGAUGACAGAGAAAAUGGCCCGUUCGAUCGCACAGGAGACUCAGCAGCUGGAGACGGAUCUGAACGAGGAGCGAUCUCGCUACCAGAAUCUCCUGACAGAACACCUUCGCCUCGAGGAGAAAUACGACGACCUGAAGGAGGUGAUGGCUUCUUCGAACGUCUCCAAGCCUGGCCACAGGAGAACAGAUUCCACCCACAGCAGCAACGAAUCAGAGUACACCUACAACUCAGAGUACGCCGAAUUGGAAGAAGGUUCCCGUGCCGCCGAAGAUGUGACCCGAGGAAUGGACACCUCGCUGACCCUCAAGCUGCAGAAACGUCUCACAGAACUGGAGCAAGAAAAGCAGUCGCUGCGCAACGAACUAGAAAACAAAGAGGAUCAGUUCCAGCGGGCUAGAGCCAGGGAUGACGCAGAGUUUAAAAAGGCUCGUGGGGCAGAGCUGGAGUAUGAGUCCCUGAAGCGUCAGGAGCUGGAGUCAGAGAACAAGAAGCUGAAGCAUAACCUGGCAGAGAUGAGGCAAAGCCUGCUGGGUAACGCAGCUGCAGGUGCGGGGGCCCCGGGUUCCCCAGCUUACAAGGUGCUCCUGGAGCAGCUCAACGCUUCCUGUGAGGAGCUGGACGUCCGCAAGGAGGAGGUGCUGAUCCUGCGCUCCCAGCUGGUCAGCCAGAAGGAAGCCAUGCACCACAAGGAUGAGAAGGAGACCAUGACCGAGCCGUCCGUCUAUGUUGGGGAUGUGUCCAAACUGAAGGACGCAGAUGAACUCAAGCAAGCAUGCAUAGGCCUCAAAGACACCAACAGAUCUGCCACUCCAGACUUCCAUAAGCUGAAUGAGGACGGAGAGCUCUGGCUGGUUAAUCAGGGCUUAAAGGAAACCAUCAGGUUACUGGAGCACCAGCUGCAGACUCAGCGGAGAAGUUACGAUAAUGAGGUGGAGGCAUUGCGCGGCGAGCUGCAGAAUGUCAAGGAGGAGAACAACCGUCAGCAGCAGCUCUUGGCCCAAAAUCUCCAGCUGCCUCCAGAAGCCCGAAUCGAAGCCAGCCUGCAACAUGAGAUCACCCGGCUCACCAACGAGAACCUGGAACUCAUGGCUGAUGACCCCACAGCGUCCAGGGAGGCUCGAGUCAUCAUUUUACGACGGAUGGUUGAUCUAAUGGAGCAGCUGGAGAAGCAGGACCGAACCAUCCGCAAGCUCAAGAAGCAGCUGAAGGUUUACUCCAAGAGAAUUGGCGAGAUGGGAGCAGGUCAAACCGAGGGCCAGACGUCACCUGGACAGAUGGUGGACGAGCCGAUUCACCCCGUCAACAUUCCCCGCAGAGAGAAAGAUUUCCAAGGGAUGCUGGAGUACAAGAAGGAGGAUGAGCUCAAACUGGUCAAGAACCUCAUCCUGGAACUGAAACCUCGUGGUGUAGCCGUGAAUCUGAUCCCAGGUCUGCCUGCCUACAUCCUGUUCAUGUGUCUGAGACACGCGGACUAUGUCAACGACGACCAGAAGGUCCGCACUCUGCUCACCUCAUCCAUCAACAGUAUUAAGAAGAUCCUGAAGAAACGAGGGGAUGACUUUGAGACGGUCUCCUUCUGGCUGGCGAACACCUGCCGCUUCUUACACUGUCUGAAACAGUACAGCGGAGACGAGGCCUUCAUGAAGCACAACACACCAAAGCAGAAUGAACACACACUGUCCAACUUUGACCUGGCAGAAUACAGACAGGUGAUCAGUGACCUGGCCAUCCAGAUCUACCAGCAGCUGAUCAAAUGCAUGGAGAACAUCCUCCAGCCCAUGAUAGUCUCUGGCAUGCUGGAACACGAGACCAUCCAGGGCGUGUCGGGGGUGAAGCCUACAGGUCUCCGUAAGCGGACAUCUAGCAUCGCUGAUGAAGGCACCUACACGCUGGACUCCAUCCUGCGGCAGCUCAGCGCCUUCCACUCCACCAUGUGCCAGCACGGCACCGACCCCGAGCUCAUCAAGCAGGUGGUGAAGCAGCAGUUCUAUAUAAUCGGCGCCGUCACCCUCAACAACCUGCUGCUACGCAAGGACAUGUGCUCCUGGAGCAAAGGCAUGCAGAUCAGGUACAAUGUGAGUCAGCUGGAGGAGUGGCUCAGAGACAAAGGUCUGAUGACAUGCGGAGCGAAGGAGACUCUGGAGCCCCUGAUCCAGGCUGCUCAGCUGCUGCAGGUGAAGAAAAAGACAGACGAGGAUGCCGAGGCCAUCUGCUCCAUGUGCCAGGCCCUCACCACCGCUCAGAUCGUGAAGGUCCUGAACCUCUACACUCCAGUAAAUGAGUUUGAGGAGAGAGUGUCUGUUGCAUUCAUACGAACCAUACAGACUCGCUUGCGAGACCGUUGUGAGAGUCCCCAGUUGCUGAUGGACACAAAGAUGAUUUAUCCAGUUACUUUCCCGUUUAGCCCUUCCUCCCUCGCCCUGGAAACCAUCCAGAUACCCAGCUCACUCAACCUGGGGUUCCUUACCCGUGUCUAGACCCAGGCCCCACAGGACGGUUCUGAGCCCUGCACCAAUUUUGAUGUAGUGGCCAAAGUUGGAGCUGCAAGUGACAUGACACUCGUGGGCCUAAAAACACAAACACAUCACAAGAGAAAAAAAUAAUAAUUCUGAGCUUCACAAACUUUCCAAAAUUAGAAUUUGUGUUAAAGCAAUUUGGGCAGUUAUGUCCAAAAAAUGAAUUGAAACGUCUCAGAGAAACAUGCUAUCUAGUUCUCUUAAGAUAUCCCUGAACACACACAACAUACAAAAUGAAACUCCACAUGCUGAACUUUCAACAUGCAUCUGUACAAUACUUACAUCCUGUGAACGUACACAUGCACGCCUACACUCACGUGCACCUUCUCUCAUACAAAACGCACACAUACGCACAGUCGCCGCCGCUGGUUUAAAUCUGGCUGUAAAACGCCAUCAUCCAUCCACCGCUUGUAUAAACGCCUGCCUCUUAGAGAAGCCACAGGGCCAGAUCAAUGCCUCCAGUACCCGCCCCCCACCGACACAUGGGUCUGUCUUAGUGGUCUUGACCCCAGUCACCCCAGCUGUCCCUCCUCUGUGUUUCAGCUAGUCGAUAAGAUAGUACUUCCUGUCAUCGUCUCGUUCUCCAGUGAGAAUGUACAUACCGAAACAUGAGAGCAGGCUCAAAAGGACGGUGAGAACAAAGUGGACUAACUUAAUAAGCUGUUGUCUAGCUCGAUAUGUUGGGUCUCUAUUUAGUACGCGAGUGAUACUGCGCUAAAGUUAGCCUUCCCCCCCCCGGACCACGCUUUGUUCUGGAUGUUGUUGUUUUACUUUCUAAACACAGUCAAGCCAAGACAGAUCUCAUCGUCUGUACUAUAUUAUUUAUACAUAUAUAAAUAUUUAAAAAUAUAUAUCAUGUAUUUUAUUUAUUGCAUUCACCUCCGUCCCAACCCUCCCUUUUUUAGCUUAGAAGCUUUCUUUUUGCAGAAAAACGUGUCCAAAAUGAAGGAUGGGACCAUCACUUCCCAAGAUGAACAGCUUUGUAAGGACAGUUUUAGUUCCAUUGUGUAGGCUAUUUAUGUCAAUAUCAGGUAAAUGAUGUAGUAUUGUUUAGGGAGUGCCGGUACAGCUGAUUAUUUGUUAGGUCACGUCUUAAAUUAGAGAUGUCACUUACUCACGUUUGUCCUGCAAUUCUGGCAGAUGAAGUGUAGCACGGGUUUUAACUGAGUAGAGAUUUAGGAGGUGCGAGGUCCAAACUCUGCCAAGGGUUUGAACCUGCUACAAUCUGUUUACUGCUGUGACCAGAGCUGAGCGUCACAGCAAACACUGAUACAAAGAUAUUUACUCCAACAUUACACUCGUGCUUACUGCUGUAUCAUCGGGGCGUUUUGCACCCCUGACGCUUCUUUCUUCUCUCCACUUGUCUUCUCUGAUCACAGCUCUAGUCAGAGCUUUGAAAAUGUUUUACUAUUAUCAAUGUGGAAUAAUUUAUUUCAGUAUUGUCAUUUUGUCAAAGUUAUGUAUAUCAUAAAGCCAUGCAUCACUGAGCGGAGUGGACAGAGAGGGUUUCUCUGACGUUGGUUUUUGGAGAGUUUGGCAAAGCUCUGUCUAGCUUUUAUUUUUUUGCUAUAUUCCCACUAACUGCAGCUUUGUGGAGUCAUUCCUCUCAUGUCCUCCCUAAUGCCUUCCUGUUUAGUGGCCAAGAAAGCACAACAUGGGCUUUUAUUACCAAAAACAACAGAUUAUCUGGAGCUCUCAGCUGCACCUCAGGGUUAAGUUUAGGGUUUCUCGCAUAGUAAGAUAUUUUUGACUUUUCUGUUUGGCGCUCGGAUUGUCUUGGUUCAGAUAUCCAAACAUAUUUGGUAUUUUGUUUCAAAGUCUGAGGGCGACAUUGCACCACACCCUUUUCCCAGUCAGUAUGACUACAGCGUGGUAUAAAAACAGCAUGCACCACUGCUGCUGCCCUCCACUCACCUGCAUGGGCCUGGCUUUACCAGCAUUACCAGAAAUAAACAGAAAUUUAAUUAUGUUUUUUUUUUGGUUUGUACAAAGAAACCUCAGUGUGGUUGGGAGUCGUUGGAUGAGUGUCAGGGAAUCUGCCCAUGUCGUUACAAAAAGUAUUUUGUUUGCAUUACCUUUGUCCUCGCUGCCUCGUAUUUAGCACUUUUGCUUCUUUACGUCCUGUGGUGCCAUUAGUAUUAACAGUCAACCAAAUUUGCCUCUUGCCCUCAUGUGAACCUUAUUUUUGCCUGAUGACCUUACCCUUUCAAACAGAUAUUUUACUUUGAGGGAAUAGUCUUUUUUUUGUGCUUAGAUAUGUAGGAGAGUGGGAAUGUUCACCAAAACUGGACAGAGAAUGAUUUUUAAAUAAAAUGUUAAGUCUAAAAAUUAUUCUUCUGGAGCAGCCAACCAACCAAGAAGGCGAAGUAGAUUUAAAUGUUUUGCAGUAGUGAGAGCCGGGAAAACAUCCUGGCGAAGAUAUAGUAUAUGCUGAGAAAUAACUUCUUUUUUUUUUUUACCAUGGUUUACCAAGUAUCUCAUGAAAUGCCACCACUCUCACUCUGUCAGGAACAAGCUACAGACGGAAACAAAUUGUAAGUUAGUAUGUUGUUGUAAGUUGAUUUGUGCUGCACUAUUUGAAACUAAUUUGAUAUCGGUAUGCUCUCAUUGGGACCACAUGUUAUCAGUCUGCCUUUUUGUUAUAUAGUUUGGAUUAAUAGGUAGUUCAAAGUAUGGUUUGUGUAAACAUAUCGGCAGGUUGUAGCAAGAAAGAUGGUAACUGAAGGAAUGAAUUAACCACAUGAAUGUUUAAAAUUGAAGUGUGUCAUGAUUUUAGCUGCACAUUGUGGAUGAAGCCUUAUCUGAAUGAUUUGCUCUCUGAAUGAUGUGAUCAACAUUGUGGAAUUGUUUUGUUCUGUCUGUAUAGUGUUUUUCUCACUGUAAAAUGAAUAUAAAUUGUUAAAAGUGAUCAUUUUUAUUUUGAUAAGGCGUCCUUUUGUCCUACAGUUGGUGUCACAGAUGGGUUGCACUGUUUAGCCACCAGUCAAAAUGCAGUCAGAUAAAUGAUAGAUGUGUAUGAAGAAAUACUUCACCUUUAAGAGCCUUUCUUCCUUUGACUCCCACCACCUUUUUAAUGAACUGUAGCCCAUCAAGCUUCCUCCACCACAUUCCCUGUGCAAGCGGGCGCUUCACUUUCUAAAACAGUGAUUUUAUUCUUUCUUGCUGCUUUAUGAAAACUAUCAAUCAGUGCAAGCCACGGGUAAGAGGACACGCUCUUGUGAAUUUCACCAGCCUUCUCAGACUCGGUCAAGACGUAUUAAGAGUGCAGAGUGGGAAGGCUGGCCUAGUUUCAGAGGAGGAAUAAAAAGAAAACACAUGUUCAUUCAUUGGUUGAUGUUGUUGAGCAGAGCUGCAGCGUCUUGUUCCCCUGGGCUUCUCUUGGGCUCUCAAACAGGAGAAAAUGUCAUUCCCUCACUCUGCGUUUUUACAUUAAAGAGAAAGCUGUGUGAUAUGAUCCAGACAUUAUAAAUUACCACUGUUCUUAUCAGCACUAGGGUUGAUUGUGCCAUUUUAAAUAAAAGAAAAAAUGUUAAAGACAAACAUCAUCACCCCAGCUGUUGUGGUACUGGUGUGAACAUGCUGAAGCCGGUACCAAAUGUUCCCUCUCUGACCCAUGUGUACAUUUGACAAACUGGACUGUUUGUAGUUUCUGGUAGCUGUGCUUAGUGAAUGUGUUCACCGUUAAGAAACUAAGAAACUUGGAAUAAAUUGUCAGAUCUGUAAAAGUGAAAUAAAAGAAUUCAGCACUA